AUGAAGUUAACACGAAUGCUGCCCGCGUCCUGUUUGCUGCUGAGCCUGAUGAUACCGCAGGCUCUGCUCGCCCAGAAACCCACCGGCAGCGAAAGUCCUUCCUACUACAACAUCGGGGGUGUGCUGAGCAAUAACGAGAGUGAAUCACACUUCGGUACCGUGAUUGCGCAUCUGAACUUUGACCAACAGUAUGUUCCACGCGGUACCACCUACUACGAUAAGACGAUUCGGAUCGAUAAAAAUCCCAUCAAAACAGCGCUCAAUGUUUGUAAACACCUGAUAUCCCGAAGGGUAUAUGCGGUAGUGGUAUCGCACGAACCGACUGGCGAUCUGUCCCCAGCGGCCGUCAGCUACACCAGCGGAUUCUACCAAAUUCCCGUCAUCGGGAUCUCGUCGCGUGAGGCAGCCUUCUCUGAUAAGAACAUUCACGUGUCGUUCCUACGUACGGUGCCUCCAUAUUACCACCAGGCGGACGUUUGGUUGGAAAUUUUGAGUCACUUCGGCUACACGAAGGUUAUCAUCAUCCACAGCUCCGAUACGGAUGGACGGGCCGUACUGGGCCGCUUCCAGACGACAUCGCAGACAAACUAUGACGACAUCGAUGUUCGGGCGACGGUUGAAUCGAUCGUCGAAUUUGAACCAAAAUUGGAUAGCUUUAGCUCCUAUCUUAUGGACAUGAAAACAGCACAAUCGCGUGUAUAUUUGCUUUAUGCGAGCCAAGAGGAUGCGUAUGUAAUUUUCCGUGACGCUGCCAUCCACAACAUGACCGAGUACGGGCACAUUUGGAUCGUCACUGAACAGGCGCUCAGUGCAAACAACACUCCAACCGGUAUCAUCGGAUUGAAGCUCAAUAAUGCAGAAAACGAAACAGAUCACAUAAAGGAUGCUAUUUACAUACUGGCAUCGGCAAUCAAGGAAAUGACGGUGAACGAAACCAUCACCGAAGCACCGAAGGAUUGUGACGAUUCCGGAGCCAUCUGGGAGUCGGGCAAGCGAUUGUUUGGAUACUUGAAGACGAGAAACAUCCGCGGCGAAACGGGGCAGGUAGCGUUCGACGAUAACGGUGACCGUAUGUACGCGGAGUACGACGUUAUCAAUGUGCACGAGAACCAUUCAUUCGUAAAAGUUGGAAGCUUCCACUAUGAUUCGGAGAAGCGUAAGAUGCGUCUCAAGAUAAAUGACAGCAGCAUAACGUGGCCGGGAAAUACGGGUAAGAAGCCGGAAGGUAUUAUGAUACCGACACACCUGAAGGUGCUGACGAUCGAGGAGAAACCGUUCGUGUACGCACGCAAGCUGCUGGACGACGAAAUUGACUGUGCGGAUGAUGAGGUGGUAUGUCCGCAUUUCAACAUUACCAAUGGCAACGAACAAGAAUAUUGCUGCAAAGGUUAUUGUAUCGAUCUGCUGAAAGCACUCGCCCAGCGGAUCAACUUUACGUACGAUUUGGCACUGUCUCCCGAUGGUCAGUUUGGUCAUUAUCAGCUGAAAAACCAUACCACCGGCAUCGGUACCACCGUGAAGAAGGAAUGGAAUGGACUGAUCGGGGAGCUGGUUGCGGAACGGGCCGAUCUGAUCGUGGCACCGCUCACGAUCAAUCCCGAGCGUGCGGAGUUUAUCGAGUUUUCCAAACCGUUCAAAUACCAGGGCAUUACGAUCCUGGAGAAGAAACCGUCCCGCUCCAGUACGCUCGUUUCCUUCCUGCAACCGUUCAGCAACACGCUCUGGAUACUUGUGAUGGUGUCGGUGCAUGUGGUCGCGCUCGUCCUGUACCUGUUGGAUCGUUUUUCCCCGUUCGGACGGUUCAAGCUGUCUAGCAAUGAUGGAACGGAGGAGGACGCACUUAACCUCAGCUCCGCGAUCUGGUUCGCUUGGGGCGUACUGUUGAACAGUGGCAUUGGUGAAGGCACUCCGAGAAGCUUCUCGGCUCGUGUGCUUGGUAUGGUGUGGGCCGGUUUUGCCAUGAUAAUUGUCGCCUCGUAUACUGCUAACCUGGCCGCUUUCCUCGUGUUGGAGCGACCCAAAACCAAGCUGACCGGUAUCAACGAUGCGAGGUUGCGCAACACGAUGGAGAAUCUUACCUGUGCCACGGUGAAGGGUUCCUCGGUGGAUAUGUACUUCCGGCGGCAGGUAGAGCUGUCCAACAUGUACCGUACGAUGGAGGCCAAUAAUUAUGAUACCGCCGAACAAGCAAUUCAGGAUGUGAAGGAUGGCAAGCUUAUGGCAUUUAUUUGGGAUUCAUCGCGGCUCGAGUAUGAAGCAUCGAAGGACUGCGAACUCGUCACGGCGGGUGAGCUGUUCGGCCGCAGCGGCUACGGCGUGGGAUUGCAGAAAGCGUCCCCUUGGACGGAUGCGGUAACAUUAGCAAUAUUAGACUUCCACGAGAGUGGUUUCAUGGAGUCGCUCGACAAGGAAUGGAUCUUCCACGGGAACGUGCAGCAGUGUGAACAGUUCGAGAAGACGCCCAACACACUCGGGCUGAAGAAUAUGGCCGGUGUGUUCAUUCUGGUUGGUGCGGGUAUCGUCGGCGGCAUCGGGCUAAUCAUCAUCGAGGUGGUCUACAAAAAGCACCAAAUAAAGAAGCAGAAAAAGAUGGAAAUUGCACGCCAUGCAGCGGACAAGUGGCGCGGCACUAUCGAGAAACGAAAAACAUUACGUGCUUCCCUGGCGAUGCAACGGCAGUACAACGUGGGUUUGAACUCGGUGUCGAAGUCCGUUUCGUCGAGCCAGAAUGCCGAGAAAACGACCCGCUACCCAAUACUGCCGCCGCUUCCGCGCACACCGGAACGGGCAUGGCCGAAGGACAAGGAGUACAUCGUGAACCGGAAGAACAAUAGUGCCGGCAAACCUCCGCCGCGCUAUAUGCCCACUUACGCAACCGAUGUGUCUCAUUUGAUAGUUUAAACAAAACAAAACAAAAAACAAACAAAUUAUCGGAGGGAACUUUGAAUAGGGUCGGAACCGUAUCCAUCCACCCCACCGGUCUCCAAAUUGCGCCUAAUGAUGAGUGUAGCCAAACACUUUAACUAACCGUUAAGUAAUCGUUGAGUCGGGAAGGAAAAAAGGAAGCUAACCGAAGAAAACUCCAAUUCCGUGUGCGUGUUGUUCAAUACAGGUAAUUGUUUACAUUCGUUAGAUAAGUAUACACUUUUAACAACACUCUGCAAACAAAAAAGACAAUUCUUCCGCCUGUAUUGAUGAAGGAUUCGCGCCGGAUACGCGGCGGGGUAGUGCGUGUGUGUGCGUGUGCAUGUGUGAGUACAAUCAGUUUUAUGGUUUCCAUGUUUCGCAACCGCGUUCUAAGCAUCGUUUUUGAAUUUGGUACACCGUUGUCGUACAUCCACUUAUAGCCGCCGAACCGAGUGCAUUUGUAUCAGGUGCUAGUGAGUUAACUAAAAAGGACAAACAAACAAACAAAAAAAAACACACACACACACAAACAUAUAACUUGUUUCGUCUCCAAGAGACAAUUUGUUUAAGCAGCGCUCGAGCAUGUGUUAACCUUUAACUGCCACACUUUCGUUUUCGUUGUUGUGUCGAGUUUUGAGAUAUAUUUUUGUGAACCAAAGAAACGAAAGAAUUAAGGACGAACCGCUCAAACCGGUGCACCGUAUCGUCCUGCAUAACAGUAGUUGAUAGCCUAACGUCUCCCAACAAAAAAGAGAACAGUACUAGCCAAAAAAGGAAAAAAGAAAGUAAUUUUAUCACUGUUAGUUGUUAACAAACGGAUGGGACGACAAAACCAAAAACCAAAAAACAAAAAAGAAAUUAACCAUGCUCAGUCAUUUGCACAAGACGUAAUGCCAAACAAAACAAAAAAAAAAAACAACCAGAACAGAGUAGCUAAACGUACAUUAAACUAAAGGAAUAGAUGAUAAAAGUCUAUGUUUAAAAU